CUUUCCACAGUUCAGAAGCAGAGAUGCUGGUAACCACCUCAUGAAAUAAUGCACGGACAGGUGGCCUUAAGAUGAUAAGGUGGCAUCAUCCCAUCCAGCAAUUGCUCUUUGCAAAGCAGAGACCUCAAGAACAUCGGGUUCUGUGGCAGACCCCACGGCAGACCCUGUCUCCACCUUGCCAUCCCUGUAGGCACCCUCAGUAGCAGGGGGUGUGUUCCUGUUGGUGCACAUGGUGCUUCAGGGAGGGGCUGCCGAUAUGGGUGGACAUCAGCCAUCCACAGAACCCCAGCUGAUGUCUUGGGACCCCUCUCUUCAGGCCAGGGGCCCGCCCAGAGGCAUGAGUACAGCUCAACUCUGAAUGAGGCUUAGAGACAUAGAAGGGUACCCGAGGCCUUUGGAGGGGGAAGAGGAAGCCUGGGCACCUGAAGUUGAGAGCAGGUUCUUGCACAUGGCUAUGCUGUGAGGCUUGUCUCUCAUGAGUCAGAGGGAAACAGCCUUGCCCCUGGAGUCUGCUUUUAAUUGUCUGAGUGGAAAUGCAGAGAUUUCUGGUUUUUACCUGAGCAAAAUAGCAGUUUAUUUCUGUACUCUCCUGAGCUGGUUUAGCAGUGCAAUGAGGCUGUGGGCAAGGUCUUGAGGGUAGGAGCAGGGAGAGCAGGCAGUGACUGCUGGACUGUAGCUGGUUGCCAGACCAGCGGGGAGGCAUAGGGAGAGUAGGAGGGAGGCCACACUUCCCUCUCCCCACAGCACGGGUAGGUGCCCCCAGGGCCCAUCACAGAGCCUUGGCCAGCAUCCAGCACCUGCACCCCUGCCAUAGCCUCCUCCUAGUCACUAUAGUGCUGUAGGGACCACGGCAGUGAGGCUGCUUUCCCAGGUUGUCAGGAAGACAGGAUGAGACCUUUGGGCCCUACCCCUAUUUCAUCUGAAUCAGAGACAGAUGGUGCCUAUCACAUGUGCCAGCUCACGUUCCUUCUAUCCCAUGGCUGUGGCAAACACUACAAAUCAAUCUUAGUUUGUGUUUAGUGACAGAUAAUUGAAAUCUCAUUUUCCCAUGAUCUGUUAUUCUCAAGAUUAGUAACCCCUUUUUGGCCAUGCCUUUGGUGGCCAUGGCUGCUGACUGAGAUGGGGUGGCUCAGGAGGGAGUUGAGAGGAGUCCGCUUUCUAGCAGAUGUGGGGAGGAAGCUGUAGAGGUACAAUUGUGGGUUCCUCAAUCACUGUGGGGGGAGGAGGAGGGAAAUGUAGCAAAGGGCCUUUUGGUCCCAAUCAAACUCUGCUUGAUGUCGAAGGAGUCAGUGCCCCUCCCCAUCUCCUUGUGGUUGGGUAGUUGGUACUUGAUCUUAAGUGAACCAGCACUUAAAGAGCACCAGCUGUAUGCCCAGCUGCAUUCAGUACCCAGGGGCACAGUGACUUUUGAGGGGGGAUGCUGCUGACUCAGAGGGCAUGAGAUGGUCAGAGACCCUUGAGCGCUGUUUCUUGAACUCUGGGUCACAGAUCCCUUUGAUAAUUUGAUGAAAGUCUAGACUCUUUGCAGGGAAGAGCCUACAGCAUUCUGAUUACCAAUCCAGAGAGUUCCCAGAACCCCUGAAGCCCCAUCCAUGGACACAGUUGAGAGCCCCUAUUCCAGGAGGAGAGAGGCAGAGUUGAAUAUGGGUGAAAGGGGGUGGAGAGGAGAUAAAGGUGUGGGGAUACACAUAUGGCGGAGGAGAGGGCAGGGGUUAAAUCUGUGGGCUGCGGUGGUUAGAGGGUGCUUCCAGCUGCUUCUCCAUGCAGUGCCAUGAACAUUAGGAGCCUGUUCUUAUGGGGGCACCCGGGUUAGAAGAGGGAGAGCAGGAUGCCCUUGAGGAGGACAGGCAGGAGAGUUUAUGGCCAGAGACUUCCCAAAGGCUCAGACGUGCCAUGUGGGAAUGAGGUCACACUUCACCUUGUCCUCACUCUGCCUUCCGAGAUCUGACGGGGGUUCUCAGAGCAAGAUUCUAAGGUGCUUCUGGCUGGAAAGGCACUGGAUGUGCUGUGUGGAUAAUCAGCCUCCAUCCCUCCUCUACAGGUCAGGCAGCUUCUGCCCACUUAACAGAAAGUGGCCAGAAUUAAGCUCUUGAAACCUGGAUGUACCUGUGAGUGCAUCCAUGAGAGAGUGCAAGAGAUGGGGAAUGUGGGAGACUUGUAGCCCCACCUCUGCUGUUCCUUCUGUCUCGCAAGCCCAGCUUCCACUGGAGCUAGAAACUGCGCAGAGAUGGCAGACUGAACCAUCCCAGAGGCCAGACCGUGACAUUACCAGAGAAGCAGGCCAUUCGUGAGGCUGAUCACACUGAGUCCCUGGGAUAGAGUGGCUCAUCCCUGUUUUCAUGGAUAGAGGUUCAGGGAAAUGUGGCUCUGCUAUGCAGUGAAUCACCUCACCCAUCUCGCCUGUAAUCUCUGAAAGGGAAAGUCACAGGUAUGAGCUGUCCCGUUGGGGUUUCCUCAGCUUCCCCGACCUGGCCUCUUUCCCUGCAGAUCUCCCACACGGAUCCCCACAGAUGGUACGAAGGGACAUCGGGCUAUCAGUGACACACAGGUUCUCCACCAAGUCCUGGCUGUCUCAGGUCUGCCAUGUGUGCCAGAAGAGCAUGAUGUUUGGAGUGAAGUGCAAGCAUUGCAGGUUGAAAUGCCAUAACAAGUGCACAAAAGAAGCACCUGCCUGUAGAAUAUCCUUCCUUCCACUACCUAAACUUCGGAGGACAGAAUCUGUUCCUUCAGACAUCAACAAUCCAGUGGACAGAGCGGCUGAACCCCAUUUUGGAACCCUCCCCAAAGCACUGACAAAGAAGGAGCACCCUUCAGCCAUGAACCACCUGGAUUCCAGCAGCAACCCAUCCUCCACCACGUCCUCCACGCCCUCCUCGCCUGCGCCCUUCCCGGCAUCGUCUAACCCUCCCAGUGCCACCACGCCCCCCAACCCCUCACCCGGCCAGAGGGACAGCAGGUUCAACUUCCCAGACAUUUCAGCGUUUCCGCAGGCAGCCCCCGAAGCGGCAGACAGUACCCGGCUUGAUGACCAGACGAAAGCAGACAUGUUGGAGGAUCAUGAAGUGGAGGCCGAGGAGCCAGAGGCUGCCAAGUCAGAGGUGGAAGAUGACGAGGACGAGGUGGACGACUUGCCGAGCUCCCGCCGGCCCUGGCGGGGCCCCAUCUCUCGCAAGGCCAGCCAGACCAGCGUGUACCUGCAGGAGUGGGACAUCCCCUUUGAGCAGGUGGAGCUGGGUGAGCCCAUUGGGCAGGGCCGCUGGGGUCGAGUGCACCGAGGCCGCUGGCACGGUGAGGUGGCCAUCCGCAUGCUGGAGAUGGAUGGCCACAACCAGGACCACCUGAAACUGUUCAAGAAAGAGGUGAUGAACUACCGGCAGACCCGGCACGAGAACGUGGUGCUCUUCAUGGGAGCCUGCAUGAACCCCCCCCACCUGGCCAUCAUCACCAGCUUCUGCAAGGGGCGGACAUUGCACUCGUUCGUGAGGGACCCCAAGAUAUCUCUGGACAUCAACAAGACCAGGCAGAUCGCUCAGGAGAUCAUCAAGGGCAUGGGGUAUCUACAUGCCAAGGGCAUCGUGCACAAAGAUCUUAAAUCCAAGAAUGUCUUCUACGACAAUGGCAAAGUGGUCAUCACAGACUUUGGGCUGUUCGGGAUAUCGGGUGUGGUCCGAGAGGGACGGCGUGAAAACCAGCUGAAGCUGUCACAUGACUGGCUGUGCUACUUGGCCCCUGAGAUCGUGCGUGAGAUGACCCCUGGGAAGGACGAGGAUCAGCUGCCAUUCUCCAAAGCUGCUGACGUCUAUGCGUUUGGGACUGUUUGGUAUGAGCUGCAAGCAAGAGACUGGCCUUUUAAGAACCAAGCAGCAGAGGCCUUGAUCUGGCAGAUUGGAAGUGGAGAGGGAAUGAAGCGUGUUCUGGCGUCUGUCAGCCUGGGGAAGGAAGUCACCGAGAUCUUGUCUGCCUGCUGGGCUUUCGACCUAGAGGAGAGGCCUAGCUUCACGCUGCUGAUGGAAAUGCUGGAGAAACUGCCCAAGCUGAACCGGCGACUUUCCCACCCUGGGCACUUCUGGAAGUCUGCCGACAUUAGCAGCAGCAAAGUUGUACCCCGGUUUGAAAGGUUUGGCUUGGGCGUCCUGGAGUCCAGUAACCCAAAGAUGUAGCUGGCCAUGCAGUUUUUCUGCCGAUUUCUUUCUUAAAUGUAUUUCUAAAAUACCCAAACCACCACCAAGACAAAGAAGACACUUUGAAACAUCAGCCACUCUCCUAAGCGCUGCAAACCAGGAGUAAAAGACCUAAAUUCAGACUAUGCCGGGAAAACUUGGGUCCAGGAGCUGGCACCAUGUCUGUUUCUUAAAGUGAUACCUACAGCAGCCUCUUGUCCCCAAAGACGGAGAAUGUUUACCUGUGUGGUUCUGCGGAGGGAACCUGAUGCUUUACAGUAGGUAAUAAUAAAAACAGACGUGUUGAGUGGGAUGGUGAAGUGGCCACCUUCCCUGCUCCCCCCAAGAGGACCCUGCAGGUGGUGAGGCCCAUUCUGGGCCAGAAGAAAGAGAAGCAUUGUGACGUGGCUGUUCUCAGGUGGGUCAGGAGGACCUCAAGCCGGAUGUGGCCUGGCCAGACCCCAGAUUGGCCCUAAAACCCAUCCGUGGGGAAUCUCCUGUGUUCUAUAAAAGGACUCCUGUCUUCCCUCUCUGGUGGAGGAAACCCAGCUAAGAGCUGGGCUGGAUUAGGGGCCUUGGGUUCCCAGAGAGCUUUGGUUCACCUCUGACCCCCAUAAACCAACCUGUACUUACUGGGAGACAGAAUCCGUGUAACAUCUGGAAUGAUUUUGUUGUUUCACACCUGACUUCCCGCUGCUGGUAUAGAAAUUGUUUUCAGGAAACCCACAGGAAGGCGCCAAGGAGAUGGAACUGAGGGCCCAGGUUUUUAGAUACACCCCAGUCCCUGACAUUGGCCCCAGAACAAGGCCCAGCCCUGCAGCUGCCUAUGCCAUGAAGGUUUGAUGAGAACAGGAAAGUUAAGGGAGGGAGAAGUAGGGGCUCAGUGGGUCUCUGAACUCCCCCUUCCCAGUCAGAGGGUGACCUGCCCUUUGGGAGCCACCGUCACUAUGCAGAGGUCACAGAAGUGCCCACCUCUUCCACCUCACCUUCCCGAAGGAUCCUCUGCCCAGGGUGGAGAUGUGAGCUAAGAUGGGAGAUCUAUACCCCCAACCCUUUCAUUCAGGCUUACCGAGCAGGCCCCUCUAUCUUCAUAGCCUCCCAAGCACCAAAUCAGGCUUUCCUGUGUUCACUGGAACUGUAGGAGGGAGUGGGAUUUGGGCCAGUCCAUGGUGUGAGAGCAUCCUGCCUGUCGUAGAAGCUGCCACUUACAGAGAAAAGUUCCAGAUGGCACAGAAGCCCAUAAGUAGACAUACUGUGCUCUAGAAAUGAAAGGACAGAGAGUGCUGAGUGGAGACGAGGUUGAAUUCAGACUUAGUCCGGUGGCUGUGCGUUGAGCUAUGGUGGGGGGUGAGGAGGAUGCAGGUAACUCUCCCACCCAGCAAAGCUCCCCAUUCUCAGAGCCUCCUCUAGUCAGAACAUCAUAGAAGACGGACCACUCUGCCAAAAGCUAUGAGGCUGCCUUCCUCUCCCAGAAGCCCCAGAAGCCAGCCCUAAGGACAACUGUGCAGGAUGCAAGCUGCCCGGCCUCCCAUGAGGCCUGACCCUUCCUGAUCACGGUGUGGGGAGGAAGACAGAGGAGCUGCGGCCAGUGGGUCUGCUCUGUGGGGCUCCACUGUGGGACUGUUCUGGUCACCCCAUCUACAUAACCUCCCCUAGCCAAAGCCUUUUGGUGUGUGACCACCACCUCUGGCUAAGAAUAAGUUGGGAUCCUGCACAACCACCCACCGCUUUCCAGAGAUCACAGUUUGUAUCACAUUUUUUUUUUUUUUUUGACUUUUGAAAAAAAAAAUUAUUUAUUCAUGCAUUCAAGAACUGGGUUACAGGUCAGAGGUGUGGGGGAUGAGAGGACUCACCAGAGACAGAGUGGGGAGCAGAAGAGGCAGAUCUACUGAAAUACAUUGCUCAGGGGAGCGGUGCGCGAGACAGGAGAGGUCUGCUGCACCAUGUGGGUUGCUCCCUGGCCGGGGAUUGAACUCGUGUCACAAUGGCUGCAGACAGCCCCAUAGGUUGCGUCUUAACCCCUUGCGCCAACAGGGAGGCCCUGUAUCACAUUUUUCCCUCUGAACCAUGGACACACCGCUGAACCUGGGGUUGGACAGCAGCCGAGCAUGGUGGACUCAACUCUGCCCAGCCGGGGCUACUGACAGCCACAGAAAGUCACCUGGGUUUGUUUCAGGAGUGUCUCUCCUGGUUAGUUCAGGUUUCCUUGGGCACAGGUGGUGUCUUGUGCUAGUGCUGAGGGCCCUGAGGGUGGAGUUGAGGGCCUGGGAGACAGCCCAUUCUCCAAGGCUCUGGGCCACCCCCAGGGGCGGGCCUGAGUCUCUACACCACCUGCCAUUGGAGAGAGACCCCCAAGGAAAGUGUCCCCACGUGGUGCCCUGCUCCCCCGAUUUAAGUGACUGUGAAUUGAGGGUAGGUGCACAAGCUUGCCCUUCUGUGUGCUCUCCCCGUCUGCCUUGGAAACACAUGAAGGAUGGCAGCUACUGUGAAUUUAGCCCUCAUGGCCAACUGUGAAGUGGUUGGAGAAGGCUGGGAGGGGCUCCUGGAUGAGCACUCUGGGGGCUGCAGAGGCCCCACCUCUGAGAGUAGAGCCCAAGCUUUGGCUCCUGAGGGCCCCCUCCCCAGCUCCCAACCUCUUAUCCCUGGGCUGUGUCCCCACCGCCUUUAACCCCAGAGCCACAGCACACGUUAACCCCCAACUCCAGGUUUUGAGUUCCCCGUUAGUCGAGGAGCAAAGUUGACCUCUGGUGUCACCAGAUUAAAGAGUCUUGUGGGGCCCUGGAUCUCUCUGCUCCCUCAAGGAGUCUCUUGUGAUCCCAGAAGGGAGGGGCGUGCCCUGUGAGCCUGUGGUGUCUGUACUGAUGGGGAGGGGGGCUGUGUGGAGACAGAAAUGUGAAGUGGAUUAGGAACUUGCUCAGCCUGGAUCGCCUCUGUCCAAAUCCAGCGUCUUCUGUAGCCACAAGGCACGUUGCUUUUUUGAAUGUAAAGUUUGUACAAUAAAAGUUUUUAUAUUUUUUAACAACUUCAUUUGCUCUCCAGAAAAAUUAAUUUAAAUUAAAAUGGUUAGUAUGAAUGAAUGUGCUGUAUUUGUUUUUUCUCGCCACUGGCACUCGCCUCUACCAGACCAUGCCGGACGUCUGGAGUUUAUAUAAACGCAUAGCAGGGCUUGUGUCUGUUUGGGUCAGUUUUGGGGGAGUGUGGGGGAUGCUCAGAUGGGAGGCACGAAAGUAGGAAUGGAGGGCUUGGGGGUUUAGUCCCCUCUGCAAGCGCCUUCCAGAGUUAGAGGGCAGUUGGGCAUGGGACCGGGAAGGCAGAUUGUUCCAAAUAAGGAUGGACAGAGACAGAAAAUCACCAAAGGCACGAAGCACAGAGAAGCCCCUAACACUGACAGCCCGUGAGCAGACCCAGACCCCGUGUCUCUGCUGGAGGUGCCUGUGCCUUCUGGAUGCCUUGGGGGUGGG